AUGGCGUUUAGGUCGACCACUGGAAUUAUUUUUUUGGCAUGUUUAAUUGUAUUAGCAUCAGCGGCUGUACCAAAGAAUACUAAGAGAAAACCUGCUAAUCCACCACCACGGGCUGUAGCCGAUCCAGAAAAAGACGCCGAGAUCACAAACUCGUGUCCAGAGGAUGGAUUCUUCGCUGAUGCUGAACAAUGCGAUAAAUACUAUGAAUGCAGAAACGGCGAGAUCAUAGAGAAAUUGUGUCCUGAUGGUAUGGUCUUCAACGACUACAGUCCCGAAGAAGAGAAGUGCGAUUUGCCUUUCAAUAUCGACUGUUCACAGCGACCCAAGCUACAGACACCUAUACCAUCUCUUCACUGUCCUCGCUUAAAUGGUUACUUUUCCCAUGAAGAUCCCAAAGAAUGUGGCAAGUUCUAUUAUUGCGUGGAUGGUAAAUUUAACAUGAUUACGUGCCCUGAUGGACUGGUAUACAAUGACAAAACCGGAAUCUGUACGUGGCCUGAUGAAGCUAAGAAGAAGGGUUGCGGUGCUGCUGAUGUGUUCGAUUUCGACUGCCCACCUGUCAAUGAGACAUUCGGACUGACACAUCCUCGGUAUGCGGAUCCCGCAGAUUGUCAGUUCUUCUACGUUUGUAUCAACGGUAACACCCCACGUCGUUCUGGAUGUAAGCUGGGACAAGCUUUUGAUGACGUGAGCAAGAAAUGCGAAUGGGCGAGAAAAGUGCCUGAAUGUGCGGACUGGUACAAAGGCCAAUUGACUGAUGCUGAGUUAGACGCUCUAGAGAACCCGCCAACUGUCAAACCUAACUCAAAACGCAAAUCGCACCGUCCGAAAGCGAAGGAUGUUGAGAUUGAAGAAUAA